UUUAUUCAUUAUUCCGUUUGUGCCGGUUGUGUUCGUUUGUUUCCUGCUAAUUUUUUUUCGUUCGUUUGCUUGUUAAUUUUUAUUUUGUUUUUCGUUUUUUUUGUGACUGCUAAUCGAAUUUAUCGCAUUGUUUAGGGCCUAGGGUACCGUAGCCAGUUAUUCGAAACGCAAUCGAAAUUGCUGCAUAAAUUUAUUGACAAAAAUUAUCAAAUUGCAGCGCGGCGCUGUCGUCCAUUAUCUUUCUUCUUCGUCAGUGUUCGUUAUCGUCGUAGUCUCGUCGUCCUUUUUUUUCGUACUCGUCGUCGUUCCGAACGAAGAAAGAAGAACUGCAUCAACCAGAACAAGAUCGCAGGCAGCAAACACCCACGCGAUUCAAAUGCUUUAACCGUUGACCUCAAAGGAUCAAGAAAGACGACAGGGCAACGAGCCACACACACACAAAACAGGAGGAGGAGUCUCGUCGCCGAGGAUGUCCACAAAUUGGCAAUAAAUUAUUUACGUGUGCUUGUAUGCGCUACUCUGACGACUCAAUCUCGCAGCCGUCGUCUCUCUCUCACUCCAACUACUCUUUGGCUGUGCCUGCGUCUUCGCCGCUGCUCGUUCUGGUGUUCGUGUGACAACAACACUUCGUUUCGUUCGUGACUAUUGUGUGUGAGAUUGUGUUUGUGAGAGUACCGUUUUCUGGAUCAUUUCAAUUCCGAGGCUUGGCAUGGCCGCUCGUGGAGAGAUCAAGAAUAUCAGGGACGAGAGCCAGCAACAGCACCAGAAUCAACAGUAAAUAUUAAGCUCAAGUAUUUAAAAAACGAAAAACGUCGAAGAACUGCGUAGAAGAAGUGCAACUCUUAUACAACAACAAAAAAACAGAAACAACAAAACAAAGCCAAAGCCAAAGUUUAAGGAUUUAUACAACUAAACAAAAAAAAAGAAGGAAAGAGAAGUUAAGGUUCCACAACAUAGGAGUGGAAAAGCCCCUCUAAGAAUAAGAACACACACAACAAUCUCUUCUUUACGCAAUCAUACAACCAUCCACUACAACCUCCACCACCACCACCACCACCACACCCCAGAAAGGAAGAAACCACAAAAGAAAGAACACAACAACAUCCAACCACAGAGUGGGUGGAAAAGGAAGAAAACGUCAAUAUCUAUAUAUAUAUAUAUACAUAUAUAUUCGAUUAUAUAAAACAUACACACAACACCACGCCGACAAAUAAGCAAAACAAAAGAAACAAACAGAACCUGUUGCUGGCAACAAUGACUACCCUAGAGGAGCAUAUCGUCUUGGCCCCCGUGGAGGCGGUGGAGUCGUCUCACGUGUCGCUGUGCGACGAGGUAACCAAUCUAUCGGUCCUUGACACGGACACAGAUGUGAGCAACACGAGCAGCAGCUUGAGCAGUUCCAGCAGCUCGAGCAGCUCUAGCUCGGGCACGGACACGGACACCGGCAAGGGCAGCAGCACCGUGGGCAGCCUCGAUGUGACCAGCGUUAGUUCGUCGAGCAUCGGGUCGGCGGGUUCGAUCACAUCGCCGGCCCCAUCAACGGCCAAUUCGAAUAUAUCGUCGGGCCUGGGCCUGGGCCUGGGUCUGGUGGUGGACAUAGAUAGCGCGGCGAGCAGUCAGGAGCUGAGCAGCCAUGGCGUCACCGAGCUAGACUCGCUGGAGGACUCGUGCGGCAGCCUCAUCAAGGAUGGGGAUAAGCUCUGCAAAUUGUGCAGCUCUCGGCUGGUUAUGCCUCGCAUCUUGACCUGCCUGCAUGUCUUUUGCGAGGAUUGUCUACAGGCCCUGGUGGCCACAGAUUCGGUGUCGGCCAGUUCGCCCAAUAGCUGUUCCUCAUCGUCCUUUGACGGCAGCGAGCAUCAGCACCGUUUGCCCACGCUGUUGGAGUGUCCCGUCUGCAAGGACGUCACCCGUCUGGGCCCCAAGGGGGUCAAGGGACUCACAUGCGAUUACAUUGUGACCAAUAUACUGGAUCUAUCGAACCUCGAAUCGGAGCAGAUACCCUGCACCUCGUGCAAAAGCAAGGAAGAGGCCAUAUCCCGGUGCAAUGAUUGUGCCAACUUCUUGUGCAACGGCUGCGACAAUGCCCACAAGUAUAUGCGUUGCUUUGAGAACCAUCAGGUGGUGCGCAUCGAGGAUCUACAGAAGAACGUCCAGGACAAGCUGUUCAUCCACAAGCCCGUUUUCUGCAGCCAGCAUGUUAGCGAGAAUCUCAAAUACUAUUGCUUCACGUGCCAGGUGCCCACCUGCAAUGAUUGCCUGCUCGGCGAUCACAAGGGCAGCGAUCAUCACUACGAGACGGCCGUCGUUGCCGAGCAGGCGGUGCGCGCCGAUCUGGAUGACAUCAUUACCUCGACUCUAAAGAAGGCCGACUACUGCAAUGAUGCCACCGGGAAUCUGAGCAGCGCCCUCACCGAACUACAAGCCCAAAACGACAUGGUCCAUCAGCAGAUCGAGGAUAGCUACAAGAUGUACAAGCGCAUGCUCGAGAAGAUCAGAGACGACCUGAUCAACGAACUGGGGCGUCUGCACUCCGAUCGCGAGCUCAAGAUCAUGGAUCUCAUGCAGAGUCUGGAGAACAAUUCCGGCCGUUUGCAGCAGGCAGCACAGUUUGGCCAGCGGGCCAUUGACAAGGGCAAUGCCGUGGAGUUUCUGCUUCUCAAGCCCCUCAUCACAGCCCAGUGCAAGAAGCUGAUGGAGCAGACACCCAAAUGCGACAUCAACUACCAGAUACAGUUUGAGACAAAGCCGGAACGGUUCGAGCAGUUCGCCCGCAAUAUGUUUGGUAAAUUUGAGACCGAAUCCAGCUGCAGUCCGGUGGAUACGCCCAAGCCAUUGUCUCCGUUGACAUCGUCGCACCAUCAGCACCAGCAGCACUCGCAGCACUCGCAGCAGCAGCAGCAACAGCAACAGCAACAGAUGCAGUCGCAGAUGCCAUUGCAAUCACAGCAUCAUUCUACGCCUCUGAUUGUGGGCCAUGGCCAUGGCCAAGGUGGAAGCUCCUCCACGCGCGGCAGCUCCUCCGUACAGGGACGCCUCAGUUCGGCUGUGUUCAGUCCCAAUUCGUUGCCAUCCUCGCUGCAGAGCUCCUUCGAUGGGGAUAACUCGGCCAUGACUAGCUUCUCGCUGAUGAGCACUCUGCCACCGGACUCGCCCUCGCAGCUGCAACAGGCGCCCCAGUUGCCGCCGCUACCACAAAUGCCCCAGAUGCCACAGCUGCCUCAGAUGGCGCAGCAACAGGCACAACAGCAGCAGGCACAGCAGCAGCAGCAGCAACAACAGACCCAGCAGCAGGCCCAGCAGCAGCUACAGCAGAAGCAGCACCAACAUCAACAACACUCGCAGCAGGCACAGCAGCAACAGUCGCAGCAACACCAACAGCAGCAACAACAAGUAGUACUCCACCAACCGCAGACUCAACAGCAGGCCAUGCCACCGCAAAUUGCCCAACUGGUGACGCCCCAAGGCAUUGUGCAAGUGCAGCAGCAGCAGCAGCAGGCUCCUCAUGUCAAUCUGAAUGCCGGACCCGGACCCAACAUGGCCGCACUUAAUGGCAUGGCCGGAGGCGGCGGUGGUGGCCCACCCUCGUCCUUCAGCAUGCUGGAAUACAAUAUCUCAAGGCUGGCCAGUCUUAACGAAACAAUGUCCGAUUCCCUGACCGAGGCAUUGGCCGUGGGCGGUGCUACUGCCGUACCGAAUGUGGCUCAAGUAACCGCUGGCCCAGCCGUGCCCGGCGGCGCCGGGGCUCCGCACCACCAACAGCAGCAGCAGCAGCAGCAGCAGCAGCAGCAGCAACAGCAGCAGCAGCAGCAACAACAGCAGGCUGUUAUGCCUGCCUCUGCGGUGACGCCCAGUCAACCAAUCACUUUGGCGGACAUUCUGUCCGGCGAUCAGCGGGCGCUCAACAAUCUUCAGGCCCUGGCCAAAUUGGGACUCAAUAAUAAUGAUUUCUGCCUGCCAGCUGCCACCUCGCCCAGCCUCCAGGCCCUCAAUCCGAUUGUCGGCGGCGUCGAGGAUAUCGGCCUCAACAAUUUCCAUGCCGUUGCCCCGCCGGGCACCACCAGUGUGGUGACAGGCCGCAACAAGGCCACACCCAUGCAGAUUAGAUGCAAAUUCGGUUCCCUGGGCACCGCCAAGGGGCAGUUUAAUUCCCCACAUGGCUUCUGCCUUGGCGUCGAUGAGGAGAUCAUCGUUGCGGAUACAAACAAUCACCGGAUCGAGGUCUUUGACAAGAUGGGUGCCCUCAAGUUCCAAUUUGGGGUAGCCGGCAAGGAGGAGGGUCAACUCUGGUAUCCCCGGAAAGUGGCUGUCAUGCAUAAUAAUGGAAAAUUUGUGGUUUGCGAUCGCGGCAACGAGCGCUCCCGCAUGCAGAUAUUUUCAAAAUGUGGCCAUUUUAUGCGCAAAAUUGCCAUUAGAUAUAUUGAUAUUGUUGCCGGACUGGCCGUCACCGCAAAGGGUCACAUUGUGGCCGUAGAUAGUGUCUCCCCCACCGUCUUUGUUAUAUCUGAGGAGGGGGAGCUGGUGCGCUGGUUUGACUGCAGUGACUAUAUGCGUGAGCCCUCUGAUAUUGCCAUACGAGACAAUGACUUUUACGUUUGCGAUUUCAAGGGUCAUUGCGUGGCCGUUUUCCAAGACGACGGUACAUUCCUAUAUCGUAUUGGCAACGAGAAGGUCACCUGCUUCCCCAACGGCAUUGAUAUAUCGAAUGCCGGUGAUGUCCUCAUCGGAGACUCGCAUGGAAAUCGCUUCCAUGUGGCCUGCUAUUCGCGCGAGGGCGUCCUCCAAUCGGAGUUUGAGUGUCCCCAUGUCAAGGUUUGUUGUGUACCCACCACCUGCACUCACAAUCACAAUCAGACCAAACUAAACAAGAGCACAUCUGAACUCUCACAAGAUACACACUGUUCCAAUUCUAAUUUACAUGUUUCACGCUGCUGCGGCCUGAAAAUCACAUCCGAGGGAUAUGUGGUCACUCUGGCCAAGAACAAUCACCACGUUCUCGUGCUGAAUACGCUCUAUGUUCACUGAUUGCAAAUUAAAGCCCGCAACAAUCGUCCGUCAGUCGACUUGAUCAAAUACAAUUACAAAUACUCGUCAGGGAAGAUAUACGGCUGUCGUCGUCACCUGAUGCCCGGCCAUACACACAAUGCUAUCUGUCAUAUAUUGGCCAGAAAGCAACAGAAAUACGAAAACAGGAUGAACAACGCCAA